GGCACGCUUUGUGUUUUGGUAGCCUAAUCAGAGGGAUUCUGGAAGUUUCUGGCCGGGAUCGGGUGUGUUAAGUGAGGGUGAGGGCGAGAGGGAGCUGGCACACUCCGGGAGGAGGCACACAGGGCUGGGGAGCAGACAUGUUCGGCUGUUUGGUGGCUGGCAGGCUGGUGCAGACGGAUGCCCAGCAAAUAGCAGAAGAUAAGUUUGUCUUCAACCUGCCUGACUAUGAAAGCAUCAACCACGUGGUGGUGUUCAUGUUGGGGACCAUCCCGUUCCCGGAGAGGAUGGGCGGCUCCGUCUACAUCUCAUACCCUGAUCACAGCGGGAUGCCUGUAUGGCAGCUGCUUGGCUUUAUUACCAAUGAAAAGCCCAGCGCCAUCUUCAAAAUUUCUGGUUUAAAAUCUGGGGAGGGCAGCCAGCACCCAUUUGGAGCCAUGAAUUUGCCCCAGACCCCUUCGGUGGCACAGAUAGGAAUCUCGGUUGAACUGCUUGAGCAGCUGGCGCAGCAAACUCCAGUAGCCAAUGCGGCCGUGUCGAAUGUGGACUCGUUUACUCAGUUCACUCAGAAAAUGUUGGACAACUUCUAUAAUUUUGCGACAUCGUUUGCCAUAUCCCAGACACAGAUGACACCUAACCCUUCAGAAGUCUUCAUACCAGCCAAUGUGGUCCUCAAAUGGUACGAGAACUUCCAGCGGCGUUUGGCACAGAACCCCUUUUUCUGGAAGACGUAGAGCGGCUGCCUCCCUCACCGGCCUUCCCUAAUUGGAAAGCUACAUUUUGUGCCUCCCUUUAACACUUUCUUUGCUGGACCCCUUUUCCUGCCUCCCUUUUUCCUCCAGCAAGGAGUGUUUUUGAAUGGCAGGCAUCACACAGAUCUCAUUGGAUGACUUUUUGGGGGCGGGGUCUGGCAGCUUUUUCUCAGUUGGCCCCCCUCACGCGUUUUCUCUCAGAUAUGUGCUGUUUUUUCAAUAAGUAUCUUACUAAACCUGUUUUAAGGUUCCCUUUUACUAUGAUCGCUUAUCCGUCUUCGGCUGCCAUUAAAUUAUUUGCUCUGAGAACA